AUGCAAUUCUCAUCAGCAAAUAACGAUUCUUCACUUCACAACGCAGGAGAUGCAAAUGCCAAUCCUUUUGAAAUUUCUGCAGACGAAGAUACUAUUUCUGCAGAUCCCAAUAUGACAAUAGAAUCUGAUGAUGUAGACCUUUCGUCCGCUCAUUCAAAUACAUCGACUACUCCAAAGUCAACAACAACCGUUAAUACAGAUACACAAUCGCCUCCUGUAGUAGAGACCAGUAAUCAAUCCAAACAUUAUGCUUCUGGUACCUUAGAUGAACCAGUUUCACAAACUAUUGUAGUUAAAUUGCAACAAGUUCUUCAUCCAAAGGGGAACAGUGAUGUUUUACGAGAUUGUAAAUAUAUUCAUGAUUAUU